AUGAACCGUUUCCUUUACUUCGCAUGCCGCAACCGCUUAUCUCUCCUUCUACUUUCAGAUUUUGUCGUCAAUUAUCCAGUUACCGUCACGAAGGCCGCUGAACCGAACUUACGUGUUCAUUCCUGUUCCGAUCAGUUUACUUGGACUUCCCUUCUGAACAUCCUGGCCUCUCCGGUGUGGGUUAACUGCCCACAUGGCAGCUCGACGUACGACAAGGAGUCAUAUGUACCAGAAUGCUUCCCAGUUGUCCGUACCUUCUAA